AACAUGGCGGCUGUGGAGGCCGUUGUCAUGUGAACGUCCUGCACUCGGCCCAUUGCUGGCGGCAGACCCCGGUCUCUGGUCGCCACCCUCGCACCCCUUGGUGGGGCAAUACAACGGGCUUGGGCUCGAUGCGGCUGGUCGGGGUUUCACGGCGAUGCUCGCCCUUUUGGCAGCUCGGCGGAGCGGCUGCGAUGAUCCGCUGAGAGUGAAGCGAGCCGAGUCCACACGGAGAGUGUUAAAUCUGGAAUUAAACAACGACAGGGAUGUACAGCGAAUCCAUGGAAGUGGAAUUAACAGUCUUGAUAUUGAUCCUGUUGAGCAAAAGUACAUGUUGUCUGGUGGAUCAGAUGGUGUUAUUGCAAUAUACGAUUUGGAGAAUGCCACAAAAAAGCUACAGUAUACCUGCAAGGCAAUCUGUACAGUGGGCAGGUCGCAUGGUCAUGUGCACAAAUUUAGCGUGGAGACGGUUCAGUGGUAUCCUUGCGACACCGGCAUGUUUACAUCAAGCUCUUUCGAUAAAACGUUGAAAAUAUGGGAUACAAAUAGACUGCUGCCUGCUGAAGUGUUUACCUUUGAAGGAACAGUCUACUGUCAUCAUAUGUCACCAAUUGCAACCAAACACUGUCUGAUAGCUGUUGGUACCAAGAAUCCUAAAGUACAGCUGUGUGAUCUUAAAUCUGGAUCCUGCACACACAUUCUGCAGGGCCACAGGGGUGAGGUGUUAUCUGUGAAAUGGUCACCACGUCAUGAACAUAUACUAGUAACAGCAAGUGCCGACAGCAAAGUUAGGUUAUGGGAUAUACGGAAUGCUUCUGGAAGUUUAAUUGUACUUGACCAGCACAAUGGUGAAAUCGCUAAAUCAUCUUCAGAGUCAGCCAACACUGCUCAUAAUGGACGUGCUAAUGGCCUCUGCUUUACUAGUGAUGGGCUUCAUCUUUUAACUAUUGGUACAGAUGAUCGAAUGAGACUCUGGAAUAGUUCCACAGGGGAAAAUACACUGGUGAACUAUGGAAGAGUAUGCAAUGGAAGCCGAAAGAAUCUCAAGUUGGCGGUGUCCCAUGGCUGCAGGCCAGAUUUUGCCUUUGUUCCUGUUGAUAGCUGUAUUGCCGUUUAUGAUAUCUACGCUGGUCAGCUGCUAACAGAACUCAGGGGGCAUUAUAAUUAUGUAAACUGCUGCACAUUCCAGUCUUACUUUCAAGAGCUCUAUAGUGGUGGCAGUGAUGUUAAUAUUUUAGCAUGGAUUCCAGAUCUUGGUCGAAUAGGUGUGGAAAAUGAUGAACCUAAAGAGUGUGAAGCCAGAACUUCUCAAACUGGCAUCUUCCAAGAUGAAUGGAGCAGCAGUGACAAUGAAAACUGAAUUUCAUUUUAUUCUUUGGGGCAAAAGAAAAUGGUUCCAACAUGUCAGUACAAUUGUUCACAAUUGUCCAAACACAAAGGUGAAAAUCUUCAUUACACUGCUAAAACAUACAGUUUAAAUGAUAGAGCUAAGAUUUAUAAUGGCUUCUUUGAUAUAUGCAUCGUUUAUUAUACUGCUAAGAUUUGCAGACCCUGAUUAAUCACAUGACUGAUCUGAGGAAACUGUCCUCAGUUUGGGGAACUGGUUGAGUCAAUCAGAAGGGUUCCGACACGACACGUUACCUAUCCAUGUUCUCCAGGGUUGCUGCCUGACCCAUUAAGUUACUCCAUCAUUUUGUGCCGAUCUUGAGGCCAUUGAGUUCAUCAAUUGAGUAGCAUCUGUAGCCUCAGGUCAGUAAAACAUUGCUUGGUUCCAAUUGGUACCACUGUCCAGAUAUCCUCACCAUAAUGUGCCUUUGUUCAGAUAAUUGUCAACCCACAGUCAACAGUAUGUUCACUGCCUAAGUUCACAUACAAAUUUACAUACGAUAGAGGAACAGAAAGCUAGUUAGUUCUGACAGGUCAUAGAAAUAUAAAGGUGGUUUUAAUUAGUCAUGAAGAGAUGAAGAUUUAAAAACUCAAAUUAAUUUGGCAUACAAAGUACUCAAAAAUAUUUAUUUUAUGUUAAAUUUUAAACUUAUUUUGAGACUGAUCAUCUUUAAUGAUUUAAAUGGGUUCUCAACACAGUAUAAUUCCAAGGUUGAAUAUUCUUGGUUUGAAUUAAUAACAAGACUGAACACUCCCAAGUAGUCACUGUCCCAGAAACACACGCACAAAGAUGUAUAUACCUGAUCUGCAGUUUAAACAACUGCAAUUUAUUUAAUUUGUUACAACUAAUUUGUGUUCAGAUGAUUGUUAAGAACACAUGGAUUUGACUGCAAAGAACACUGAACUUUAUUGCUGUAUAUGUUUGAUCUUCAAUGUUUGAUUUGCUAUUUAUCAGUAGAUACUUUAUUGUCUGUUGUAUUUUACAGUAAGAUUUAUAACUGGUAAAAUGCAGAGUUCACUGACAUUGAGGAGUCUGAAAAGUUAAUUUAAAUUACGAUCAAUUAUUGGAAAAGAUUAUUUUACAUGACAAAAGAAGCAUAAGUAUUUAACAAAAAACAUUUUCAAUUGGGGUUGAAAUAUAAAUGUAUGCACAUUAAAUGAAUAUGUGUUCAAUACCAUUUAACCAACUGAAUAUGGUAUUUGGAAGACUGCUUGUUAAUUUAAUAAAUGGAA